GAUACCUUAAGGAACUACACGUCGAAGGUCUGAGUAGUUUCCAUAUCAACAGUGUAACAUACAACAUAUUGAUGGGCCGUCUUGAUCUAGAUCUGAGUUUGAAGAGAGUGAAAGCCAAAUUUGGACACUACGAAGCUGAAGGUCGCAUCGGAGAUAGAGGUGGUAAGGGUCAACUCUCUGGCACGCUCGAAAUUGUCGAUCUGCGUAUUGUGUUGGACACUCUCUUGAGGGUAUACCCUGGCCAACCCGCUUACAUCAUCAACAUCAACACUGUCGUCAGCCUUAAAGAUAUUCAGGCUAACUUCAAGGCUAACUGGAAGUGCUUGACCUGUUUAGCACCACGCGACGUUUCCAGUUGCGUCAAUAACAUCCUCAACGUGAGAAUGAAGGAAUUAUGGGCAGAAAACGAUGUUUUUCUGAACACCCUCGUCGCAGAAGGUAUCAGGGAAAUGGUGAACAGGUGGUGGUGGUGGUAACAGACGGAGAAAUCGAAGAAAACAUUUUAAUUUUUCACAUUAAAUAAAGUAAAAGUAAAUUUUAUUGUAAAACUAAUUAAAUAAUAAAUGAAAUUUGAAAUA